UAUAGUAAACACGCGCUACGGGCGUUAUACGCUAGUUAGACACACACCAUAUCGCUGAUCUCCUAAUACAUCUGUAUAAUACACGCGAUGCACAUAAGCCGCUUGCGCGCCGUCGCCGUAGCCGCCGUCGUAGUCUCGAAAAAACCUAACCUAAAGUGAAAGCCAGGCUACUCUCUUGUGGCUGCGAGUAUGCGUAUAAUAUGUGUGAAUAACCCGAAGCAGCUCGCUUUUCCCUGUAAUGCGGAGAGCGAGAGAAAGAGAAAGAGAGAGAGAGAGAGAGAGAGAGAGAGAGAGAGAGGGUAACGGGGGAGAGACGAGAGUUAAAAAAGAAGGGUCUGUCGUCGGCGCACACGAAAGUCAAUGAUUGCGCGCUAAACUUCCAUCCCCCUGGUGCGCACAAGGGAGACAGAGAAUGAGCGAAGUUUGCCUCUGUGUUUGUGCAUGCGCCCCCUCCGAUAUGUAUGCGGGGGCGGUCUUUCUCACUCUCUCUCUUUCUCUCUUUCUCUCCCUCUCUCUCUCUCUCUCUCUCUGGACCCGGCCGAUACCUCUCUUUAUCUUUCUCUGUCUCUCUGUUGUAUAUUUGCGAGUUAUGGCGUGAGGCGACACACACUGCUGUGGGUGGGUGACAGUCGGGACGCGGGACAGAUCGGUCGCGUUAUUUGCAUAAGGACGCCUCUUUUUUGCGCUUGUGAAUGUGUCUGUAUAUGCUCCGUCACGUGUGUCUUCGAGAGAGAGAGAAAGAGAGAGAACCUUUGUCUCGCGCAAAUCGCUGUGUGUUUUGUCCUUUGGGGGGAUACGAUCGUUGAAUUCGGACGAGUCGCAUUUUUUUCGUUUCGGAGCAAGCCCGUGUGGAUCAUCCCGAUGCCGUUGCGUGGGAGAACUGACGGCUGUAAAUCACGCUUCUUCCUACGUGGUAUCUUCUGCAUGACCAGACCAAAUGGUUCAAAUGUACAAACUCAAGUGGAAAAAACAGCAUAGACGUAUUUUCAACAAGGAUAAGCUACUGUAUCAAGAAUUUAUCAGUUGAUGGUGAAUAGCUGAUAGAUCGCAUUCUUCUUCACAAAGGCACACUUGUGCCAGAAGAAAGUAAAUGGAUCCCGUUGGUCCAUGGUACUCGUCGUAUAAUCGUCUGGCUGCUCCUUUAGGCAUUACUAGCACAUUCCAGACAACCUCAAGUACAAGUACUGAUCCUGUGUCUAAUCACUUGGCUUCACCUGCUGAAGAUAUUCAGACAGUGACUUCCACGACUACGCCACAGCUGCUUACCCAAGCAGCUCACACGACUCCAACACUGGCUGGUCAACCAUCGCCCUUUAACCCAGGAGGGUUCCUAUCCUCUUCGGGUACAACUUAUGAUGUUUUCUCACCGUUCUUUCAUCACUCUAAUUCUAAGGAAAAUACGCACUAUGGAGCUCAGCAUGCACAACCUAUAGCUAGAGCACAAGUUGUAACUACUUCGAAGCCAGGUUCACCAGUGGAAUCGGACAUUCCUUCUUUGAGGAACAAUUAUGCAUCACCUCCACAAAAUGAUACUUUCUUCGAGCAUCAAACUACAGCCACAUCCCCGCCAACUACGAAUUGGAACUUAUCAUCACACCCCACAAAUACUCAAUUAACAAGCCCUUUUGGCAUUCUUCCUCACGAAAGCGUCGCCGUUUCAUCUCCACCAGGUCCUCCAGCCACAACGAAUUCCACCAGUAGUGUUAAUUAUGAUAAUCCAUUUGCAACACACUACACUACUAACGGUGCGAUAGUCACAGCAACUGAUUCCAAGUCAACUGCUUGGUCAGAUACAGAUCACAGGUCGAGUGCUUUCGUUUCGGAUGGCAUGACGACGAAUUAUUCGACUGACGAUCAAACAGGCGCUAAUGCUUCAGUUGUACAGUCAUCCUUGCAUCAUCAAUCUUGUAUUGUUUCAACGCCAAAUCUCACGCCGAAUAGGAUUUCCCAGUUACCCUCGCGAUCCCCAGUGCCAACGACAAUUUAUUUAAGUACAACAACUCCCGAUAAGGCAACAGCGCCAGGCAACCACAAUGAACAUACAGGUCCGGACGCAGGUCAUGACAGUAGUCAAUCAUCGCCUAUCAGUUUCUCGAUUAUAGACUCUCGUAAUCUCAGCUAUAAUACCUCUAAGCAGCAAACUGCUAAUGGAACCAUUCAAUACACCGUGCUCAGUCAGCAACCCCAACAGCAGAGUUCCUGUCGGCACUACUCCAGUACCACUGACGCUGAGUACCAUCACCCUGCGCGCUCCAAGUCUGCCGCCUCGACGGACAGCGCGUACUCGUCCAAUACGUCCCAGAACGGUCCAGACUGCGCGGUCGUCGUACCACGGAGACCUAGUCCUCUACAAGCGCACUCCCAGGCCUCGCCGUUAGGCCAUGUGCCCAGUCCAGCCACCUAUCCCAUGUAUAAUAGUCCGAUGGCGAGCAUGUCUUCGCCAUCUCCCCUGCAACAGCCGCUCGGUGAUGGUGCGGCGAGCACGCCAUACAAAACGGGCAACCUGCAGCAACAGAUGACGCCGCCCUCGCCCCUCGACGUCACUGUGACGAGGCCGCCUUCGCAGCAGGGUCAGGUUGUGUACUCGUCGGUCAUCACUAGGGCUCUCGGUGCUAAUGAAAAUAAUAAGACUUCCUUCAGUGCUGAUGCGUCAAGCAGAACCACUUAUGAGAGAUCUCAAGACUUUUCUCAAUCAAAGCAAAUGUGCUGGGACAGCGAGUCCAGCCAGCAAGCUGCCGGCAAGUUUUCAUCCUCAAAUUAUUUAACUCCUGAUGGCAGUGAAUCUACCGUUCUCGCCAACCAGCAAAUACAGAGGAUUUUGAACGUUUCGGAUCGCUCAACUUGCUUAGAGUCCGGCCAAAUAACUCUGCAAGAACUAAGCAGUUGCCGAGGUGACUCGAUGGUUAUCGCCAAGAACAUGCCAACGCUGCACUCGAGCGGCAGCAGCGAGCAUGAUAAUGACGAACUUCAAGAUGCUGAUGACCAUCAUCAUCAGCCUGGAAUAAUCAGUGCCAAAAGAAAAAGUGUCGAUAAAGUUGGAAACGAGCUCACUAACGUUGUAGCAGUGAACAAUUAUAAUGCAGACAGAAUUCCUCCCCCGGCGCAUCACAGCGUGGUCGCCAAUCAGCAGCAGCAACAGCAGCAACAUCAACAACAACAACAACUACAACAACAACAAAACGGAUACUUAGAAUUCGAUAGGUGGAACUUAACGACGAUACCUCAUGCAAAAAUAAUCACUACACCCGCCUCGGCAUUUGGCACUCAACAGCUGCAACCGCAGCAACUGGUGCCACAACAUCACCAUACUGUGAAUUUCGUAAAUAACACGGUGCCGCAUCAACAUCAGUCACUUUUGCUGCCGCACCACGCAACACCCACAGUCUCGUACUUUCCGACCUUUCAUAUCACGUCCACCAGCCACCAUUUGACACCACUUCAGCAGCAUCAGCAUCCGCAUCAGCAGCAUAUGCAUCACUCUACGCAUGAGCUGCCAUCGACAGUUGACUUAAAUGCACUUCACAUGCCGGAUGUAAAUAGCUGCCAACAGAAUUCCUCGUGUGCACAAAACUCGAUGAAGGAUGAUAGACCUCAAGUGAUUGUUCCAAACAUCGAGGAGGAAUUAGGCUUCUUGCAGCAGUCGGAGUUGCCGGGAGUACCACCGGUUGUGACUCAGCAACCUAUUGUCAAUCCAGAAGUAAAGAGAGUCGCGAACAAUGACCCCAAUUCUGGAUUUAUGACAAGCUAUUUGAAGUUCUUGCAAGGCGAGAAGGAUUCAUCACCCCCGCUAACAGCUCGAGGUAGGAAAUCGUGGCAUAGGAGGCCGUACAUGUCUAUGGAUGCGAACGGCGGCGAUCCCUGGAACCGAGCCAAUACAAUGCAACACACGAUGCCACCCACGUCCUCCGACAAAUCGAAGGACAUACCUACGAUCGACUAUGCGAAUGACCCACGUUACUUUCCUCUGCCCAAGGAGCGCAAGAAGCAUAGCUUUGAUUCAAGUGACGACGGCUUUUCUAGUGACGACGAGCUACCGCCUUUCGGCUCGAAACGCACUGAAAGGAAAAUGACGGAUGGCGCAUGCCAAGUUGAGCCCCCCGUUGUUAUCCCGCCAUUGUCCAACAAGACUCCUGACGGUAAGCCAAAGAAGGGCAGACCAAUAAAGCCGGGCGGUCCGACUGAUCGCAAGAGAAAAGCUGCCGCAGCAGCCGCAGCCGCCGCUGCAGCCGCCGCUGCUCAAGGCAUCGUGCUUCCACCGGUAGAGGAAACGAAGAGAGUAAAGAAAGCACCGCAACUUCCAAGGCGCGAAAGCUCACGAAGAAAGGCCAAAGAGAAAACGAGUGUGAAGCAGAUGUUGGAUAAUCAACAGGGCACUGACCCUUACGAGGAAGAAGAGCCCGGUGACUCUGACUCCGAUCCGGCGUGGACUCCUGCAGCCAAAUCCGUCGGCGAUGACGAGGACAAACGCAAAAAGCGAGGCAGGCCCGUCAUCAACAAGCGCAAGAGGCUGCUCGAUGGCGAUUUUUCUGAUCCAGCGCCUGCGCCUAAACGACCGGGGAGAAAGAGAAAGUAUCCGAUUGAUCCGACGGCUAGGGGUAACGCGCUUAAACUCACGUGUAAAAUAGACGAGAAAUUACUGGCUUCUGUGAGCGACGAGGACAUUGAUAUUUCACCUUUCAAGCAUUCUUCACUCGGAGAUCCCCAAGAUGUGCCUGGUGAAUUUGUCGUAAUGAAAAGCGAUUUGGAUCAACAAUUCCCGCCGCUAUGGAGAAUCGAUGGCAAAACUCUUUUACAAAAAUAUGAACCAUUCCAGUCAAAUGGAAAAACUUUAUACAGAAAUAUAUCAACGUACUCUGGUUGGACGCCUCAAAACCGACACGCUUAUCAACAAGUACCAGUUAAAUUCUGGCAACAAACUCAACUACAAACAGUCGUGGAAUUUCUACGGGAUGAUAUGAUAGUAAAUGACAGUGAAUGUAUAAGUAGAUUAAUGAAGGACUCUGAAAAGUAUCAAGACAAUUUUGAAGUUUAUAUACAAACAUUAAUUUCACAAGCAUUGGAUUCUAAUUUCCUCACUGAAAUUUUCCAAGAACAAGACGAUUACUUUUUGUCAAAUGUUAAAACUGUUGAUGAAAUAACUGAAGAAAGAAAACAACGAUUGCUUUCAACGACUGAUUGGCAACAAAACGUCGUAACAGCCUUGUCUACCUGGCCUUGUAUAAACGUACUACGAGAUAAUAUAGCUGAUUACAAAAGUAAAUCGUGUGCUGGAUGUAACCGUGUCAAAAUCUAUGCGAGGGUACUGCUAUAUGGACAACCUUACAACAGUACAACGCUCGAAGGUUCUCCACCUGAUCCUCAAGUGCCUCAGGAAAAGGACUUCCUGUUUUGUCGAAUUUGUCAAACAAAAGUAGGAUUAUUCAAUAAAGUAGCACAUCAAAAAUACCUCAUGUUCUUGGAAUGUGCGAGGCGGGUUGCUGACAAGAGGGUUGCAGAUCCACUCAAAGAUACCACCAUAAUUCUUAACGAGUUAUUAGCAGAUGAAACGUGGUUAAAUCAGCUAUUUAAGGAAGUAAGAACAAUAUGGGCAGAGAUUGAUAGUAUACAAAUGCAGGCACAAAAGAAAGCAAGUAUGGCCACUACUAAUGUUCUAGACAGUGUAGAAGCGACGUCGACACAAAUUUCACAGGUGCCUGGUGCAUCACAAUUAAUAAUCGAAUCUCAACAGAUUUGUUAUAACGAUCAAAUGAGCAGUAAUUUAUGCUAAUAUCGGCAUAAUAAUAGAUUCAGUUUUCCAAUGCAUUUACUAACUUCUGAAUAAGUUAGAAAAAGAAAGUACGUCAAAAAAUACCGGUUUCUGGCGCGCUAUUUUGACGAUAUCAUAAUGCAUCAAACAAAUAUUUGAUUAAGUUCAACAAACUUACUUACUGCUGCAAUAUAUGUAAUGUACCGCAUUUCAUAAAUGCUAGUGAUAAAAUUUAUCACUUUAUCCUAGACUAAUCGCAAUAUCAAAGGUCAUGUAUGUGACAGGAUGGGGUAUUUGUUACAAUUGAACAUCAGAUUCAUCAUCACAUUAACCUAGUCUAUAAUAAUGGACGGGAACUGACUAUGGUCCUACUUAUACGGUCUACAGAAUAUACAAUUUUAUAUAUAUAUAUAUAUAUAUAAAAUCUAAGUUUUCUAAAAAUCAAUUACAAAGUCACUGUAACAAUUACACCUUCCUAGAAGGCAUCGGCUCCAAGAAUAAGUGAUUUGUUUGAAUUUAAAAAGAUUUAUAUAAGCGAGCAAAAAUAAUUAAGCUUUUUAAAUUAUAAUUAUGUAUAAAUAAUGCCUCGCCCGUUACUAAAAACGUAAAAUUUGUGAGAAUUUGAACAUUUAAAUUUUAGUGUACGUGAUAAGAAUAAUUUUUAUUUUUAGCUGCUCUACAAAAUAACAUUUCUUCUUUUAACUAUUUAUGAAAGUAAAGUAAUUUUUACUUUUUAUAAAAUCUACAAGUUAAAUAUUGUAAAUGAAAUUAUUGUGAUAUACAAGGGAAGGUGACCAGUAAUUUUGAGCCCCCAUAAAAAUUAUUGAUUUAAUGUUUUGAAAUCUUUUGUUAUUGUUUGAUUUAAGUUUCAAAAUCAAAAAGACAAAGUGUAUCUAUAUGUGAAAAGGAUAAAAAGAGAAUUAACUAUUUUCUAUGAAACAUGUUUUUAGUAAAUAUACGUUUUUUUUUAAUUCUGUCAUGUCUCCUGAGAGUUAAUUAUCUUGGAUAGACUGGACAUAGACAUCACGUGCAUAACAAAUAAUUUAAAUGUAUCAGAAGUUGUACAACUAUAUUUUUUAAUAAUUUUUUUUUUUUUUUAAUGGAAGGCAACGACAGAUAUGCUGAACUUUUUUAGGCUUCCUAUAACUUUUAGGGAUAUAUUUAAAAAAAUAAGCAAUAGAAUGAUCAACAUAAAGUAAUAAUCUUUGAUUUACUUUGCUGUACAUUAAAGAGUGUGUAUAUUUACAGAAUGAUAUCAAGAUCAAGACAAUUAUUAUUACUAUUGUUUAUUAUGCCUUUUGCCGUUUAAGUUUUGACAUGUUCCAGAUUUAUUGUAUGUUUGGUAAAGGUGGGAAAUGACAGAGUGUCGAAUGAAUGUUACGAAUGUAUUUUAAAUAGAUUAAACGCAAAUAUAUGUCGAAUCAUAUUUGUAAAUUGUAAAAAUAUGUAAUAAUGACAAUGUAGUAGACUAUAGCUGUACGUAUGAUAGUUGAUUCAACUAAAAGAGGCGUGUAAUACUCUUGGUAGAAUUUAAUCAUUUAAUCAAUUUGGUUCAUUUGAAAUGCGGGCAUUUAAAACUGAUCAGUUAAACACAAUUUUAAAAAAUCAGCUACAGAAUUAUAACCGAUUGAUAAAUGUGCAAUUACAUGAGACAUAUUACGUAGAAUUUGUGCCAUGUAAUAUUUUCUACUAAGCGUUAGCUUCUGUGUUUGCGUUAGAAUGAUUGAAGGUUAUUAUUUUCCUUGAUUAUCGUUCUGUUUCGAAGUAGAUAUAUGUUUUAUUUCAGAGAAAGCAAGACUUCAAAGAGGAAAAUCUUGCGUAGCAGCGAUUCGUCAUCAGUUGCGCGCGAUUCAAAGCCGUGAAAAUUGUAUAUGUAGAAUGAAUCGAAAAAUGCGAAGUGCUAUUGUUAUUACAUACGCGUGUAUGUAUGUCUCUUAUGCAAAAGACGAAUCGACUCUUAUCUUUUCAAUGUAAUUUGUACAUUUUUUUAAGCAUCACCUUAUAUUACUAAAAAAAUUAUAUAUAUAUAUAUAUAUAUAUUAUAUAUAUAUAACGACGAUUACGUCGAUAGAUGAAAAGAAAUUUCCAGUAUAUAUAUUUUCGGCGUGUAAACUGAAAAUGUUACGGAACAUUAACAUAUGUAUAGCGAGAUUAAACUGAAAUAAAUUAUGUUUUUAUCGAUAAUUUUCCAAUAAAAUUAUAAAAUUCUUUCGUA